AAUCACGAAUCGCCGGAUCUGUGUCGGAUGUGGUGUGAUGUAAACCUAAGGGACGUGUUACCGAUAGGUGUCUUCUUUCACCUAAUUUUAAUAUUUAUUUACAUAAUUACAGCCUCUCAUUCACCAAUAUGACAAAGCUCUUAGCCUGCCUUUUCCUCCUCUGCCACGUCUGUUCGUUUGCGUUGGCGGAGGAUUUCUACGAGAUGCUUGGGGUCCCCAGGAAUGCAGACGAGAGGGAAAUUCGCAAAGGCUUUAAGAAGAAGGCCCUCACGUUGCACCCCGACAAGAAUACGGAUGACCCUGAUGCUCAUGAAAAAUUUGUGCGGCUAAAUCGUGCUUAUGAAGUACUGAAGGAUGAAGACCUCAGGAAGAAGUACGACAUGUAUGGAGAAGAAGGACUGGAUGAAAAUAGGUCAUCUGGGAAUCAGUAUCACUCUUGGAGCUAUUAUCAUGACAAUUUCGGUAUAUAUGAUGAUGAUCCAGAAAUUGUUACCCUCAACAAGGCAGACUUUGAGCAAAGUGUCACUGGAUCGGAAGACGUAUGGUUUAUCAAUUUUUACCACCCAAUGUGCUCUCACUGCCACACCCUGGCUCCAGUGUGGCGUGAAGUUGCUCGGGACCUGGAGGGUGUAGUGCGCAUAGGUGCGGUGAACUGCGAUGAUGAAUACCACCUUUGUUCCUCUCAGGGUAUUCGAUCAUACCCAACACUCAUCUCCUAUCCUGGGAGAAUAUUCUAUAGGCAAGAGAAAAGUAAGGAGAGCCUAAUUGACUUCAUGCUAAAACAAGUGCGGUCAUCUGUGAUCACUCUGCAGAAAUCAAACCUGGAGUCCAUUUUAGAAUAUGAAGAUUACAAGAGCAGGCCAUGGCUUGUGAUAUUUUAUGAAGACACAGAUGAAGUUGAUGACUUGUGGAUUACUCAGAAGAAACUGAGUGCUAUAUUUGAUGGAAUUGUCAACUUUGGACGUGUAGAGUGUUUUCAGCAGAAGAGCCUGUGCUCCUCCCUGGGCAUGAAGUCAGGGCUGAAGUUCUUUGAAGUUGACCAGAUCAGGAAGGGCCAAGGCACAGUAAUCCCCAGUCUGAAUGUACAAGAAAUUGCGAAGGAAGUUUUAGCCCUACUGCCUGAAAUGAAGAAGUUGGAUGAGGAGACAUUUAAGAAUAUCCGUCGCAACCUAGAAAUGCGUGAUGAAACAGUGGCCUGGUUGAUGCACUUUAGCAGUGACAGUGAUGAUGAUACAUUUGAGAUCCGCAAAUUACCCGGCUUGCUUCCAUCGUUGAAGAUGGGCCAGGUGGAUUGCUCUCUGCUAAAAAAGCUCUGUGAUGAUCUGUACAUUGCUAAAACGCCGACCUUUAUGAUUUUCAAGCCCGGCGGAGGAUACGAGUUACAUCAUGGGCGUCAGCUGGCCCAUGACAUCGCAGUGUUCGCCCGCGAGGGAGCAGCGGCCACACGAUUCCAGAUCCUGACUCCAGAGGAGUUUCCUAAGGUCCUGACAGAUGGCUCUACUUGGUUCGUGGAUUUCUAUGCUCCUUGGUGCCCUCCAUGUAUGAAGCUACUACCAGAGUUUCGUAAAGCUAGCCGGUUGGUGGAGACCCCAGUGAAGUUUGGAAGUAUUGAUUGCACUACACACCAAAGUUUGUGUACGAGGUUCAAUAUUCAUCAGUAUCCGACUACAAUUUUGUACAAUCAGAGUGUUCCUCAUGAGUACAGUGGAUACCACACUGCAGAUCAAAUUGUAGAAUUUGUCAAGGACACUCUUAACCCAGCAGUUAUAGCAUUAGAUGAAGACAAGUUUGACAACCUGAUUGAGAACAAACCUCAAGGUGAGCUGUGGGUUGUUGACUACUUUGCCCACUGGUGUGGACACUGCAAAGACAUGGCGCCUGAAUAUCGGCGUUUUGCACGUAUAAUGGCUGAUGUGCCCAAUGUGCAUAUUGCCACCAUUGACUGUGCCAACUUUCGAUCGGCCUGCUCUCGACAGGGCAUAACAAGCUAUCCUUCAAUUGUGCUGUACCCAUCUGAAAGUAUGGGAACGAGGAGAGCAGAAAAAUAUAAUGGCUGGUCCAGAGAUGCAGAUUCCUUUAGACAGUGGGUGUAUUCAAGGAUGUCAUCUGUGGUCACAGUUCUGAAUGACAGGUCAUUUGAGCAAGUACUUCAUAAUCGUGAACCUUGGCUUGUUGACUUCUAUGCCCCUUGGUGUGGGCACUGCCAUGUGUUUGCUCCAGAUUUUGAAGAUAUUGCAAGGGCCUUACAAGGGACAGUGAAGGCGGGGAAACUUGACUGUGAGAGGUACCGAUGGGUUUGCAGUGGUGCAGGUGUGAAUGCAUACCCUACAGUAAAGCUCUAUGUUGGGUCACCGAAUGGAGGUCGCCAAAAUGUUAAUGGAAUAAACUUUCCAAACUUGAACAAACAUACUAUAUUGUCAGAUAUUCCAAGAUAUUUACCAAAGAAUAGUAAGAAUCAUGACGAAUUGUGAUGUGGAGUUGUGCAUCGCACAAGACAGAGUUAUUGCCCAAAUGGAUCAUAUAUAUUUUUAGCUUUAAUAUUUUCUUAUUAAACACAUUUUUCAUGAAUGGAUGAGAAUGAAACAGUAAGUGAAAGUGUGUACCAUACUUAUGACAGGAAGAGUUGAUUAAGCAUUUUUGCAAUAUCUCAGAUCGAUCAAAUGUUUGAUAUGUAUUGUUCUCUUUUUCCUUGUGUAGGAUGCAGAGUAAAUUUUCCAAUAACUUGAGUAAGUUUAGUAGAUAUUCUGUCUAUUACUGUAACAGGUAGAAUAUUUUACAAACCUACUUUUGCUGUAAUGGAAAUUUGUUUUUCAUGAAACUGUGAUUUCAGUUUCCUAGAGAAAAUAAUACUUGUACUAUGCAGUUG